AUGGAGCUCAUGCGGGAUUCUAUACAUGUUUGGGAAAAACCGUCAGUAGACGACACACAGGAUGACCGACCGCGGAAGAAACGCCGCAAAUAUAUUGCAAGAGCUUGUAAUGAAUGUAAGCGUCGCAAGAUCAAAUGUAAUGGUGAAACACCAUGUCAUCGCUGUGGGCGACAACACAUUGAAUGUGUUUACGUGGAGAACGCGCCUCAAGAAAGUGGUGGCGAUCAAGAAAAUUUUGAUCGACUGUUUGAUCAAAUGCGCUCCAUGCAGGACCAGAUCAUCUCGCUAUCUGCAGCCGUCCGCUCAGUGACGCAUAGCGACGCGUCUCCCAUGUCUGGCCCCCGGCCCAGCGUAGUUGGACUUGCAACGGGGUCAUGCGGCUCAAUACCCGCUCAGAGAUCCCUAGGACGGGCAUCGACCGCUCGUGAGACACCGUUUCAAGGCCCUACCACUUCGGCGUUUAGUUUCGACCUUGCCAAGUCUAGCCUGCAGCGUCGUGGAAUCGUCGAGUAUAAUGAGGGAGGUGAUGAGGGUGAUCUUACUCAGGAACCAUCACCCUCUGGAUCACCCUCCGCCUCAAAUCGUCAAUUAGGGGUCCGACAAGUGGUGGACCCCCUUUGGACUCUUUCCAAGGAUGAGGCAUUGCGACUUUGUCAAGUUUAUGAAGAGGAAAUGGGUAUUAUGUACCCAGUGCUGGAGCUUUCGGAGCUUUUGGACCAAGUAAAUCGACUUUACGGAUUGAUGGGUCAUACCACGGACACAGGGACUUCAAUGAAUGAACGAAACGCGCUUGAGCGCGAGGAUGUCUCUAUCCUUCGGCUGGUGUUUGCCUGUGCUUUAACGGCUGAGGCUAGUGGUCGGAGCGAACAGGCUACUGCACUAUUUGAUAGCGUACGUGAGGUGCAGGACAAUUGUGUCUGGGGACCCCCCGACAUCAAGAGCAUUAUCUUUUUAACAUUGGUGUCUAUCUUCUACUUUCAAGAAGAUGAAGAGACACUUGCCUGGCGUACCAUUGGAAUCGUUGAGCGUAUGUGUCUAGAGAAAGGCCUUCACCGACGAGAGACAUUAAAUCAUCCGGCCAUCGAGGCCGAGGGGAAGGAACGCGUGCUUAGGCUUUUUUGGUCUAUCUAUAUUCUUGAUAUGCGAUGGAGCUUUGGAACGGGCAUGCCAUUUGCCCUUGAAGAUACUGAUAUUGAUCCGUGGCUUCCCGAGCCAGAGGAGAAGACACCUUAUCUGCGGGUCAUGAUCCGCUACAGCCGCAUCGCUGCGAAGGUGUGGAAAUUCAUAUCGGCCUUUAAUAAUACGAAUGAGAUCAAAAAGGACGAAAUGAACUAUCUGGACUGGCAAGUGUUAAGCUGGGCACGGAACAUUCCAGAUUCACUACGACUGGACCGUUCUAGCACUCCAGAGUCGGAAUCCGCCGUCGAAGAUCCACGAAGUCUGCGGCGGCUCCGUGCGUUGCUGUAUCUUCGCGCCAAUCAAUUACGGAUGCUCAUUCAUCGACCGGUAUUGCAUACCGCCGCUCAUAUUGUACGAUACCCCAGCGAGUCGGAGACGGUGGUCAAAAUCGCCAAAGACACCAUUCGCUUCAUUACACACUUGAAUGAAACCUCGGAUAUCUACCAGCUACAGCAGGUGACAUUCAAUUGGUUUUUGGUUUCUGCGCUGGCUGUUCUGUUUCUUGCCGUUUCCCAGGCGCCAACGCAAUUCAGUGGGUCAUGCAAGGAGGAGUUCUACUUUGCAUUAGAACUGGUGAAAGGAUUCUCUACGAAAUCAUACAUCUCAAGAAGGUUGUGGAAGUCCAUCCGAAGCCUGCGAAAGCUUGGCCCUCAAUUAGGAUUGGGAGGACAAAGAAGUCGACCAGAUGAAUCCCCUGUUGACAAGGAUGUUGUCCCGCGAAUCUUGGAUGCCGAGAACUCGCCAGCUCCACCCCCAGGUUCAAGUGUAAAUAGCCAGACGCCAUUAGACGGAGCACAGAUGACACAAGAGCUCAUGCAGUGGUUUGAAGCGGUCGGAAACAUUGAGGAUCAAAUCAUGGGAAUGGGAACGGGAGCAGUGCCAGAGGAAGGGCCGUGGCAGCAAAUGCCUAAUGGUGCCUACAUGUUUGACUAUGGAGGGGAGCUGUCAAGUGUUAUGAGGGAUUGUUUCUGA